AUGACUUCAGAAAUUACAAGUCUAGAGUUGUCUCUUGCGAAAGAUAUUGUUCCUGAUUAUUUUGGCGGUAGUAAAGAUCUUUUGGAUUUUGUCACGAAGGCAGACCAAUUUAUGGAAUUGCUGAAAAAGCCGGAUCCAAAUUGUGUGUUCAAUGAAUUGCUUUUUCAUAAUAUUAUCGCAAAAAUCAAAGGCGAUGCUAGAGAUUUAUUGAGGAACAGUUCCUAG